AUGUGCUAUUCACGGAAGAUACGCGGUUGGACUUGGUCUACAAACUUUGCCACUACUGCAGCUAGUGCCGCCGGCAGAUCUAUUUUUGCCAAGUCAGCAGUGACUCUUGUGAAAGACUGGGGCUUCGACGGCGUCGACAUUGACUGGGAGUACCCAGCUACUGAUGAGGAUGCCUCUAAUAUGAUACUCCUCCUUGAGGCGGUUCGAGCCGAGCUCGAUGCAUACGCUGCUGAACACGCACCGGGCUAUCACUUCCAACUUACCAUCGCCGCCCCUGCAGGCUCCAGCCACUACAGCAAGUUACACCUAGCGGAUCUUGGCGCUAAGGUCGACUACAUCAAUCUCAUGGCCUACGACUAUGCUGGAUCGUGGAGUCCUGUGGCUGGUCACAACGCCAAUCUCUAUGCGAACACGGAUCUCCCCCAGUCUACCCCCUUCAAUACGGAUGACGCUGUCAAAGCUUACCUUGAGGCCGGGGUUCCUGCCCGUAAACUUGUCCUCGGCAUGCUUGUAUACGGUCGAUCCUUUCUCGGUUCAUCUGGCAUGGGGGAGCCACACUCCGGCGUGGGACUUGCCAAUAAAGCACUCGGCAGCUGGGAGGAUGGCGUUUGGGACUACAAGGCAUUGUCCAAGUAG